AUGUGUCUCGAGUGCUCUGGCAAGCACCGCAGCCUUGUUGCUCACAACAGCUUCGUCCAAUUGGUGACAAUGGACUCCUGGUCAGAGAUCCAUCUCAAGACGAUGGGCACGAAUAGCAAAGCCAAAGCGACGAGAGCUCACAAGAGCACCACUGAGGCUGACCGCAAGGACCGCGAGGCUUGCGAGAAGGAAGAGCAAUACUGGCGCGAUGUCGAGGGCACCAAGUCCCACACUGCCAAGAAGCGCAAGGAGGAUGUUGAGAAGCACAUCGAGGCUGCCACACACAAGGCCAAGGCUCGUUACCUGGCCAAGCAGGAAGAGAAAAGCCUUGAGAAGUCGCUGAAGAAGCCAAAUAAGAAGGCUAGCUAUGUCUCCAUCCCUGUUCCCAAAGUCACCGAGGCAGAGCCUUUAAUUGAUUGGAAAAUGUUGAGGCAAAAGGAAUAUCUGACUCUCUGA